GACCUCAUCAAUACUGUCUCGGCUGUCCCUCGUCCUCGUUCACCAUGUCCUCCUCGGUCGCGUUUUCGUCAGCUUUACAGCUGCGCCAAGCCAAUGGCUCGUCGUACCAUUCAUACACCUCCGACCUGCCUCUCAACGACGCCCUGCCGUACUUUGACCGGGAAAUCGAGACCCAACCCGGGCUGCAGAGUAGAGUAGAGAGGGAGAUUCAGAACGAGCUCGGCAAGACUCCGAAGGUGGAUGACAGUAGGCUUCCACCGCCCCUAGAGGUGUUCCAGUCACGGCCGGAGCUUCUCGCAGAAGUAGAGAGGGCUGGGAAGGGCGAACCUCUCAAGGCCAUUGAUACGUUGCGCUUCCAGCUGCCAGCUCCACAAGCAGGUCUCAAGGCUUCAGAAGAAGAGUGGACCAAGGCGGUAGACAAUGCUGCGACGCAAUUGAUGCAUCAGGAGGGAAGAUUGACGAACCUUGAGCUGCUGAAGCGGUAUGGAGCAAAUCACUGGCGUUUGCAUAAUUUUCAGCAAGAAGCUUUUGCCAAGCAAUACGAGCAAGCGACCGAAGCGCUCCUCGCCCAGACGACGACCCUGAACCGCAAGCGUCGACAGGAGCAGACUACAGCGGGGGAGACGAUCUCUGCGCUGGAAAGGAAAUGGACGGAGCUCAUCUCCAGAGGUCUGCAGUUGGAGGUAGCCAAUAUUUCGGCCGAGCACGAGAUUCAGGCACUGCAGCUGGAGGAGCAGAAGCUGAUGGAGCAAUUAGCACAGAUGGAACAGGAGUGAAGGUCGGGCGAGCAAGGCAAAACUCUACGAAAGGGCAAAGCAAUCUGUAUUAUACCCAAGCAUCAUCAAACAUCUGCAUUCAGAACUCGAAGCUGCGAUCCAAGUCCUUCCUGAUGUGUUCCCGCAUGCCAGGGGGCA